UGAGUGGGUGGGUCGUGACGCCUACAGAGCAACUCGAUAUAACAGGUGGACUCUGAUCCCGGCCUGUCACUGGAAGAGACACGCUGAGACACGCUGAGACACAGACAGAGACACACAGAGACACGCGGAGACACAGACAGAGACACAGACAGAGACACGCAGAGAGACAGGACAAAGCUGUCGAUUCAACUCUCAAACUAAGCUCACACAGCAAGAUGGUGAACGCCGGCCUCCAGAUGGUGGGGCUGGCCCUCAGCCUGCUGGGCACCGUCGGCGGCAUCGUGAGCUGCGCCCUGCCCAUGUGGAAGGUCUCCGCCCUGCUGGGCAGCAGCGUCAUCACCUCCAUUAUGACGUACGAGGGCCUCUGGAUGAACUGCGUGGUGCAAAGCACGGGCCAGAUGCAGUGCAAGCGCUACGACUCGAUGCUGGCGCUGGGGCAGGACCUGCAGGCGGCCCGGGCGCUCACCGUCAUCGCCGUCGUCCUCGCCGGCGUUGGCAUCCUGGUGGCGAUCGCGGGCGCCAAGUGCACCACGUGCGUGGAGGACGAGGCGACCAAGGCGCGGGUCUCCAUCGCGGCCGGCGCCGUCUUCGUCCUCGCCGGAGCCCUCGAGAUCGUGCCGGCGUCCUGGUCGGCCAACGCCAUCGUCCGCGAUUUCCACAACCCGCUGGUGCCCGAGGCGGGCAAGCGGGACAUGGGCGCGUCGCUGUACCUGGGGUGGGCGUCCAGCGCCCUCAUGCUGCUUGGGGGCGCCCUCCUCUGCUGCUCGUGCCCCCCCAAGAAGCCCAAAUACGCGCCGCCAAAGUCGUCCAUGGGCGGAGGCGGUCCCAGGAGCAACUUCGUGUGA